AUGCAAAAAAGCAACUCUCUUCAGCUCUCAACCGAGAACAUCACAGACUCCUCUGAUCUAUUGAGAGAACUGACUAGUUAUGAAAAUAUCAGCCACGACCCAAUGAGCCACCUUGACCACCAAACACACCCUACUACGGGAUCAAAUCCCUCAGCCACAAUCAGCCUCCGCACAUUUAACAACCGAAGGCACGCAACUCUCCGUCCAUGUUUCCGUCUUUCAUGUAGUAGAAAUCCUACUUGCUACAAAUUGUCUGACAUUCGACAUUUGCAAAGGCAUAAUCGAAUCAUCCCAAACCGCCCAUGUCUCUUCUUUCGUAAACGAAUACUUACUUCUUAUCGCUUCAUUGGUGUCCGAGGAACAUUUAUCAGACGACGAUGGAUUAACCGACGUAGACGCCAUGCUCAUCUUUAUCCGAAUUCUAAUCAUAUUGUACCUACAAAUGAUCCACAGCCUUCAUUAAUCCAUACAGAUCCCCCCAAAUCUCCUAAAUCUCCUAUUCCUAGACUUUUUACUGAGCGCGAAGUACGUAGAUGCGACACACAAGACGAGACCGAAAGUGAGCAACUACUUAAAGAAUCAAGCGAUAUUCCGUGUACUCGAAAAGUUGCAUCAGUUUCCGAGGGUAUUCAACCCAAGACCAAUCAAUUAUUAUCGGAAGAGAACCUACUUCAGAGUGCAUGGGUGCCACCGAUAAAUUCUGACACCCUAGAAGAGUUGACAAUCACUGAUAUAUUCGCCAAUCUCCAAUUAAGGCAUGAUAUGGUGUUCGACCCCACCCUGUCUUUUCGCCCCAAUCUUGAUGGCUCUCCAGGACGAGAAAAAAGACGCAAGUCGGACCGUUACUGGGCGCGAGUUGACCGAGCAUUACAAUCAGUACUUAAUCCAGCAUCUGAGAGCUUGAAAAAUGGAUUAGUACCACUUGACCAAUUCGAAUUCCUGGCUGUGAUUUUAGACGAGCUUGUUCAAGUCAUUAUUCCCCUUUCCAAGCCUUUUGCUUGCUCUUCUGCUAGUCCUAUCUUUCCGUGGAACUGGCCUAAACACAUCAGGGAGGAGGAUAUAGUUGAGACAUUGGAUUCAAUGUUAAUUAUCCAACAAAUUCGUCACAAUAAGGGCGAUUUUGGGAACCAGCUCGAGUUUCUCAAUAAUAUUUUCGAGCCUCUUUGUCCUUCGAGUCAAGUUUAUAGAAUACAAUUUAUGAACCAGUUCUUUUUUGAAGGUCAUGUUGCAAAGGCUUUUCGUCAGUGUUUUUCUAUUCUAGAGGCGGUGAAACUUGAAUGCGCCAACAAAGCCCUUCGUCAGUACCGAGCAUAUUUAAUUAAUACCUGCCCAGAAUUUGAAUGGCGCUGUUUUAUGAAAGAUAGUAGUGAAAACGAGCUUGAUAUAGAAUCGAUUUAUCGAUGGUUCAAGAUGACUUGGGAGAGACAGGGUCUAGACGCCGAAUUUCUGGAUGUAUACUAUGAAGAUGAUACCGAGACAUCCAUGGCUCUAGGGUUUCCACCUGCUCCAUUUCCGGUGACACUUCGGUUUGACAAAAAACGGCUGACACAUCUGUUUCGCUAUGAAUUCCAGAAUAUCAUUGUAACUUCGAUCUUGUUGAUACCCUACCGUUAUCUUGCAGGAAGUUAUGAGAAUAUGAAAGAUAUUGUCAAACUUAAACGUCUGUUCAAUUAUCUUCUUCAGGGUGCUUUUAUCCUAACGUCCCCUGACGCAGAAAAUGCAUAUGAGCAGGCUGCACAAGGUAUCAAAGACGGGACGAUUGUAUCAUGUCACAGCUUAGCUCUUCAUGCCUGUAAUACAGCAAUACAAACCCAUCUGGAUAAUGGAUUAGAUGACGCGACCAAGAGUACGCCUAAUCUCGAUCUAUCACAGCUUCCAUCCCUGACAUCGUUUUGGGGAGAAUGGUUGAGCCACAAUUUACGGCCAGGGUCACCGAUAUAUAUGUUAAUGUACAGACGGAUUUGUAAAUAUCUCAAGAAUUACGCUCGUUAUGGUCGUCCGGAAAAAGAAGAGAUAGAGAACGGGAUGAUUCUCACGGGGAUGACAGGGCUUGAAGACGAGAUCAAAGUUUUGGGUCAAAAAUUGAAGAUUGUUGCCGAGUUAAAUUUAGACACCUUUAUUUCGCUCUAUUCGUUUCUUGCAAAAUUUGUUAAACAAGAUAUUCUUAGCGAAACAAGGUGUUAA